GUCCCUGUGCAGCUGAGUUCAGAAACUCAACAAACAGCCGAGUGUCUUCCCUGUUAGUGACAUCAUGUUCAUACGGUGUGUUGUGUUGCUGCUGCUGGUCAUCAGUGCUGUCUCUUUUGCAGCUCCAGUCCCAGAUAGAAGUGAAGCUUUGCUGAUCCACCUAAACGGAGGAAGUACAGAUGAACCUGUGACCUCACAACCAGAGUCAGAUGAGUCGACCCUGUCUCCAGACACUACCGACACUUCAGCUCAUAUUGAAACUGAGCAGAACAGUGACACCUACUCAAAGGGCGACACUAAACCUGAAACUGAGGACACUGAUACAGACAAGGAUGACAGCACAUCAGAGAAGGAAUUAAUGGAAGGAGAUGGGGUAGAUAGUAGGGACACAGAGGGGAAGGAGGGAGAGGAAACAGAUUUGUCAGAAGAGGUCAAACCACCAGGAGGUGAACAGCAGGUGGUCUUAAAAGAAGACGUCAGUGAACAGAAUGAACACAUUGAGAAAGAGGACGAAGAUACAAGUGACGGAGACAUGGAAACAAGUAAGCCUGACAAUGACAGCAGUGAAAUGGUGGACUCCAAGGAUGAGGAGGUGGAGCCAACCAAAGAUGAGCAAGAAGUGACCACAAAGGAGGACGACAGUGAAACUGUACCUGACAAUCAGGAGAACACAAGUGAAGACAAAUUUGACUCCAAGGACAAGGGGACUGACUCAGCUGAACAGGACGACAGUGCUGGGAAUGAUGACAAAAAGAACAAAGACGAGGAUAAUGACGAAGUGAAUGAUAGAAACAGUGACACGAGUCAGUCCAACAGUGAUGGAGGUGACAAUGAUGACAUAGGGGAGAAAAGUGACAAUGAUGAUAGCGGUGACGACGGUGACCACAGCAAAAAAGUUGAAAACAGUCACAACGAUGACAACAAUGACAGCGAUGACAACGAUGACAGCAAUGACAAUGAUGACAGCGAUGACAACGAUGACAACAAUGACAACAAUGAUAACGGUGACAAAGGUGACCACAGCAAUGGUGACAAUGAUGAAAACGGGGACAAUGGCGACAACAGUGACCAUAGCCAAAGCGAUGACACUAGUGAUGUCACUGUUGGUGGUGAUGAAAAUAACAGCAGUGACAGAAGGGAAGAUGGAGAUGAUGGUGAUGACAAAAACAGCCGCGACAAAACUGAAAAUGGCAAUGGUGGUGGUGCUAGCAAUAAUAGCAGUGACGGCGAUGACGAGGUUGAUGAUGGUGAUGAUGGUGAUGAUGGUGAUGAUGGAGACAGCAGUAACAACAGUAACAACAGUAACAGUGAAGCUGAGCCUUACCAUGAGAUGCCGGACAAUGUCACUGGGGAUGAUGAGGUGAAACAGGAAGAGUCUGCAAAACCUGAAAAGCAGCAGCCUGAUGACCAGAGUCCACACACUCCUGACUCCACCGAAGUGACAUCUUCUGACCAACCAGACAAACCGGACGACUCCCCCCAUGCCACCACAGCUGCCAUGAAGUAGAUCCGUUCGGCCCCUGAAGACAGAAAGCUCAGCGACUGCAGAGCUGACCCCACACUGGAAUACAGUUGCCAUGACCCUAACAACAAGCUGACCACAAAUAACCUUCAACCUUCAGCUUUCUAUUUGUUGCCUCAACCCAGCUCUUUCCUGAUUGGUGGUCAAUAUUUUGAAGUUGUCCUUCUUGACUUACCUAAAUUAACUGAAUUUGUCUUUUAAUCUGUUUCACAGUCUUCCUGUCUUACUUUCUCUGCCUGUCUCACUCUCUCAGCCCAUCACUCCUGUCUAUUUCACUCCCUGCCUGUCUCACUCUGCCCGUCUCACUCUCUCUACCAAUCUCCCAUGUUAUUUUCAUCUUCCUGUCUCACUCUUUGCCUGUCUCUCUCUCUCUGCCUGUCUCACUCUCUGUCCAUCUCUCUCUCUGCCUGUCUGUCUCUGUUUUAUAAACUGUAAAGAGUCAUGAUGAUGUUGGACUGUUGAUGAAUAAGAUUC